AUGGUGGAGGAUACAAGCAUAGUUAAUGUAUAUAAGCCCCCUCCAGCAGCCUGGUCACCUGAGGUGCUGCCAGAUGUGCCUCACCCUGCUGUAUACAUUGGAGACUUUAACAGUCACCACACCAUGUGGCGUUAUAAUCAGAGUGAUGAGAAUGGUGAAGCUCUUGUGGGCUGGGCUGAGAGGAGCAACAUGAGCCUCAUAUUCAAUGCCAAAGAUAAAGGAACGUUUAAAUCAGCUGCAUGGAAUAGGGAAUACAAUCCAGAUUUGUGCUUUGUCACCCAUAACAAAGACAAUCAGCCAUUGCAAACAUCUCGUAGAGUACUGGGCAAUUUUCCACACAGUCAACACCGCCCAGUAGUGGUUGAGCUGGGAAUUCGAAUUCCAAUAAUUCGAUCCAUUCCACGACCUAGAUGGAACUUUAAGAGAGCAAACUGGAAAGAAUUCACUCACGAGCUUGAUGCAGUGGUAAGAUGGAUACCCCCUGUAUGCAAGAAUUAUGAUCGGUUUGUGAAAGCUGUAAUUGCAACUGCUAAAAGGAAAGUUCCUAGGGGUUAUCGAAAAGAGUACAUCCCUGGAUGGAGUAGUGAAUGUAAACAGCUAUAUGAGACUUAUCUGGAGACUGAGAACCCAAAUGUAGCUACAGAGCUCCUCCAUACCUUGGACUCUGAAAGGCGGGAAAAAUGGAUGAAAACUACUGAAUCUCUGGAUUUUAAGAAAUCUAGCAGAAAAGCCUGGAGUCUACUAAGAAAGCUGGGUGGAGGGAGUGCUGUCAUUCAUAAGACCCCCAUGGUCACUCCAAAUAAAAUUGCAAGCAGAAUGGUUACUCUGUCCAGAGCACCUCGGGACCCUCAGCAUACAAAAGAAAUUAAAAAAUCUUUCACUACAAUGAGGAAAAAUGCUCCUACCAGGUCAGAGUCUGCAAGAGACUUCACGUUGGAUGAGCUCACGGAGGCUGUGAAAGAAAUUAAAGUGGGCAAGGCUCCUGGGUUUGAUGGAAUCCAUCCAGAAUUCCUAAUUCAUUUUGGAAAGAAUGCUCUGCAAUGA